UUUGCCUGCAUGUAUGUACCACAUUUGUGCCUGGUACCCAUGAAGGCUAGAAGAGAAGACUAAAUCUCCUGGAACUGAAGUCACACAUAGCUAUGAACUGGCUGUGGGGGUUGGAAACUGAGCACAGGUCUCCUGCAGGAGCAGUAGGAACAGCAAGUGCCUUUAACUGCCUAGCCAUCUCUAGUCCCUCAUUCGUAUUUUUAAAUGGAAAGAGGAACAUACAUACACAAUUACAUAUGUCAGGAUCUGAUCUGAGAUAUUUUGCUUAAUCUAAACAUCUUGACUAUAACUCUCCCCAGCCCCCCAACCCCGCCCCAGACAGGAUUUCUCUGUGUAGUCCUGACUGUCCUGGAACUCGCUUGGUAGACCAGACUGGCCUCAAACUCACAGAGAGAUCCAUCUGCCUCUCUGAUUCCCAAAUGCAGGGAUUAAAGAUGUGCACCACCACUGCCCGAUGACCACAAAGCUUUUUAACAACCAAAAUUUAGUAGGAUCAGGGUCUGGAGAAGGGGGUGUCUGGAGGCGCCAUGUCAGGCCGGGAAGGUGGCAGAAAGAAGCCCCUGAAACAGCCCAAGAAGCAGGCCGAGGAAAUGGGUGAGGAGGAUAAGGCUUCCAAGCGGAAACAAAAAGAGGAGCAGAAGAAGCUCGAGGAGCUAAAAGCCAAGGCCGCAGGGAAGGGACCCCUGGCCACAGGUGGAAUUAAGAAAUCUGGCAAAAAGUGAGCUGUUCCUCAUAUCUGAGAUGAUGGUGACCCUCUUCCAUUCCUAUUUAAACUUCUGGAUUCCCUGCCAUAACAUCUUUGCCAUCUACAGCUAGAAUGAAGUGUUAUCCUGGAGCCUGUUAAACAUCUGGUUUCCCUACUAUAACAUCUUUGCCACCUAUAGUUAGAAUGAAGUGUUAUCCUGGAGCCUGUUGUACUUUGUAAUAAACUUUUGUUAAAAAAAUAAUAAUAAUAACAAAAUAAAUAAUACAAAUGGCAAAAAAACAACAAAGAUUUAUGCCUUAAAAUAUUUAUAUAAUUUGUGUAACUUACAGCAAAACCAAGGUCUCAGGGACCAAAGAGUGAGCAUUUCAUAAGCUUAGACACCCCUAGCUCUGUCUUUGUGAGAGGAAGCGGGUAUUUACAACUCCUUUAAGUGCACAUGGGGUCUUUGAGUGGAUAUUGAGAUUGCCCGGUUAGUCCUGAGAGAGCUGUUGUAAAGCACUUUCAUGAGACCAAAGUCCAGCUCAUUUUCCUUUAUGACUGAGUAUAACCACCUUCAGACAGCCCCCAAAAUUACUCUGUGUAGAAGCAAGAAAAGGAAAAGGAAGAUGGCUUGUAGCCAUAAUGCCUAAUUAAUUUCCAGUUCUCUUGCAAACAGAAUCUCUUGCACUGGGCUCUACCUCUAGUCCUAUAUUCUCAACAUCUGUUCUUGCUCAACCCACAUCCUAUACUUAGCCAUCAGAUGGUUUUAUAUUGCUUUGCUGGCCUUUGGCAGCCAUCAUUGCUGUAAUACACGUGCAGGCUCCUUACCCCAAGACUGUAGCUGGCCCAGCUUCUCUCACUCAUUUCCCAUGGCUCUUCCAUACAUACCCCAUAUAAAAUAGUGCUCCAACAUUGGAGGAGGAUUCUCCUUCUUUCUCUUGAAUGCUACUCUACCCCAUAUCAUGAGGGAUCACAUGAUACUGUCUCCAGCAUCUUUUCUAGGUUGGAAAUUUUAUGUUAAGGCUAUCCAAAUGCCCUCUUUUGGCCUCUGUGAGCACUGCCCUUACAUAUAUUAAUCUGCAACACACACACAAAUGCACAUAAAUUUUUU